CCAUGGCAAUCCGCUACCCAAUGGCCGUUGGCCUCAACAAGGGCCACAAGGUGACCAAGAACGUGGUGAAGCCACGCCACUGCCGACGCCGUGGGCGCCUGACCAAACACACCAAAUUUGUUCGGGAUAUGAUCCGGGAAGUGUGUGGUUUUGCACCUUAUGAGAGACGCGCAAUGGAGUUGUUGAAAGUCUCCAAAGAUAAGCGAGCUCUGAAGUUCAUCAAGAAAAGGGUCGGGACUCACAUCCGGGCCAAGAGAAAGCGUGAAGAACUCAGCAACGUUUUGGCAGCCAUGAGGAAGGCAGCUGCCAAGAAGGACUGAGUCGCUUUGCCCCAAUAAAUGCUAUUUUGAACACCCA